AUUUCAGGGUUGGGUUUCUUGCGGAGGUUUCUUGUGGCCGAGCCCCCACUGUAGGGGCUCUGCUGGGGUGCUCUUGGGGCUCUCUUGGGCCUCUUGGGGCUUCGGGCUUCCUUUCUUCCUCAGGCGACGGGCGUGGUCUCCGACCCCUCCGCGCUGGCCGCCAUGAGCCUGACGCUGGAGCCGCCGCCGAAGCGGGCGAGGGUGGACCACCAGCCGGCGCGGGCCGCGCCUGCUGGCGGCGUCGAUCCGGCCAAGGACCUGCUGGUGGAGCAAGUGAAGAUAUUCCAGCAGCUCGGCGACCUGCAGAAAGAGGCCUGGUGGGAGCACUGUGACCUCAACCUGGGGGGCAUCAGAGACCCCUCGCGCCACGACGCGUCGGUCCUACAGAACUUCGUCAUAGCCUACGGCGUCUACAAGGCCGUCGCGGGGAGGACGUCGCAGGAUGCGGACCCGCUGAAGGCGUCCCUCGUCGCCCGCAUCAAGCAGUAUCAGAGGGUGGACAAGUCCCAGCUGGAGGCAUGGUAUGGCUUCUGUGGCGAGAUCAGGGACCCCGGUCGGCACACCGUGGCGGAGCUCCAGGAGUUCAUCAGGGUGUGCGGCGUGCCCUGACGUGGCUGGACCGACUCUGGCAGACCGGUCGACACCAAAGACCAUCCCCCUCUCCCCCAUCCUUCUCCCGCGGGGGCCCGCCACCUUCGUCUCGCAUGCCUUGCGACACUCGUACUUGCAUACAUGUUAGCAUCGCUGCACAGUUUCUCCUUCCCAGUGGGAAACUUGCUUGUUCAGCCAGUGAUGUCUCUGUCGGCUUGGGACAGAAGAUGUUGUUGUGCAUGGGUUUGCUGCCCCCGUGCCAGCCUUC